GCCAAGUCCCAGCAGAGUCAAGUCCCAGCGGUUCUGGUGGCCGUCCUGGCACUUUGCGACGGGCAGAGGUGGAGACUAGCCGAGAGCUUCUUCUCUGACGUUUUUUCUGGCAUGGCGCUAGGAGAACGAAGGUUGACUGCGUGCCACCACAAUCUCAUUGUGGAUGUCAUCGAUAAAGAGUUGUCCAAUCCUGAAAGCAGGAUACACUUCAAGCGACAUCCGGCAGAGGAUAAGACACCUGGCAAGGUCUUGGCUCUCUGGGGUGAUGAGCCAGAGGAAUCCGACUUCUUCGCUCCAUACUUCUCAUCCAAGCCCAUGAAUUUUGAUGGCGAGUUUUCAAGGAUGAGACAUUGUCUGGGCGUGGUGAGCCAUCGUGGUCACAAGCCAGACCAGCCCAACCAGGAUGAGUUCUUUGUGCUGGUUCGGAAAGAGUCCGUGCUCAUGGGCAUCCUGGACGGUCACGGUCCAUACGGCCACUGUGUGGCGCAUUUCGCGCAGGAACACCUUCCAGGUACCAUCCUUGAGGGUCUCCGUGCAGAUCCUGAAAGCUGGGAGACCUCCGUGAAGAACGGGGUCACCAUGUUAUGCCGCGAGUGCCAGUUGGAUGCGGACAUGGCGGAGAAGGCCACCAUGUCUGGUACCACGAUGACGGUGCUCAUGCUCGAUAGUCCUGCGCAUUCGACAUGGAGAGUUCGCUCAGCUCACCUGGGGGAUUCCAUUGCGGUCUUGGCCCAUAGGCCACGAGCCAACGGGGCCUGGGAAAUUACCCAACUCACCAACAUCCAUCGCCCGGAUCGGCAGGAUGAGGCGCAACGGAUCGAAGAUGCAGGGGGCCAGGUGCUGGACUGUGGAGAGGGCGAGGCUAGCCGACUACUCGCUGGUGAAUGGAGCUUGGCCGUGUCACGCUCCUGGGGAGACUUUCACGCCAGCCGAAUGGGACUCUCCCACGAUCCUGAGUUCUGCGAAGAGAAUCUGCCCUUGGACUCCGAUUGCUUCAUCUUGGUCUGUUCGGAUGGCGUUUGGGAUGUGAUGCCACAACUGCAAGCGGUGAAUCUCAUCGGAAAAUAUCCACCAGAAGAGGCACAAAGUGCGGUUGAGAAACUGGUGAACAAAGCCCAACUGCGAUGGCAAGAGAAGGGUGAGACGGUGGACGAUAUCACGGCCUUAGUCCUAUGGCCCAUCUUCAACGAUGGCACAGCAUCAUAUAGCGAUGCCAUCAUGGCUAGUCAGGCCGUUGGAGGCUGGAAGAAAUGAUGAUUCGACGCUGAUGCCCUGCACGCGAAGCGUCCAGGGAGUAGCCCAAAUUCACCAGGACAUGCCGAGUUUAGAGCGGAUGUUUU